ACUCGGGGAGGGGCCCCCGGGGCCACAAAACUGUCUCGGUCGCGCGGCCCGACCGGGGCGCGGGGGAGCGCGGGGCGCGGGACAGGAGCCGCCGCUGGACAUGGGCCGCGCGCCGCUGCUGCUGCCGCUGCUGCUGUGGCUUCACACCUGCGUUCCAGCCUCCUGGGGCCUGCAGUGCAUGCAUUGUGAGAAGAGUGGCCGUUGCGAGGUGGAAGAAUGCGCUGGAGCCCAAGAUCUCUGCAGAACCACUGUCCUGCAAAUAUGGAAAGGAGGAAAGAAUCUGGAUGUGGUGGAGAGAGGGUGCACCCACCCAGAGAAGACCAACAGGACCAUGAGCUACCGCACCGGCCUGCAGAUCAUCGCCCUUUCAGAGACUGUGUGCGGGUCCAACCUCUGUAACCAGCCCAUCCUUGAUCGGGCAGGAAAGGAAUUUCCCCGAAGCCGGUACCUCGAAUGCUCCUCCUGUGCCUCAUCAGACCUCAGCUGUGAGAGGGGCCGGGCACAGGAUCUGCAAUGCCGAAGCCCUACAGAACAGUGCGUGGAGGUGGUGACCCACAGGAACCUGGAAGGAGGUUCAAGAGAUGAAAACCACGUCCGUGGCUGUGGCAACCUUCCUGGUUGCCCAGGCCCCACCGGCUUCCAUAACAACCACACCUUUCACUUCCUGCGCUGUUGCAACACUGCCAAAUGCAAUGGGGGCCCAGUCGUGGAGCUUCAGGACCUGCCAGUGAAUGAAUUCCAGUGCUACAGCUGUGAGGGGAACAGCACCGAUGGAUGCUCCGUGGAAGAGACUGCCCUCAUCACCUGCCGGGGCCCCAUGAACCAGUGUCUGGAAGCCUCUAGCAGCCACGAGCUGGGGACCCCAAACUACAUGCUCAGAGGCUGUGCCACCCCGUCCUGGUGCCAAGGCCCUCAUGUGGCUGAAAUCUUCGAGCUGAAUAAUCUCAACAUCUCCUGCUGUACCGGCAGUGGCUGUAAUGGCCCAACUCGGGACGUCCAGCCCCGAAGCAGGGCUGACCCCCUGCCUACCUCCUCCCACCUCAACUCCACUGUCACCCUGCUUAUGGUUGCUGUCCUGUGGGGAGGCACUCUCUUCUGGACCUGAACCCCUCACCCCCUGCCCUGGCUGGAUCCAGAGGACCCUGAUGCCCUUCCCUUUCCUCUAACACCCGUGGCCUUGCUGUGUGACCUCAGGCCAGUGUGCUGCUAUCUCUGAGCCUCUGUUACCCCCAUCAUCCAAACAUCAGUCUGCAGAAUUGUGAGAACCAGAGGAGGAAAGCUGGAGAAAGGCUGUGGGACAAGGGGAAGGCUGUUAUCAUUGUUGUUGCCGCUGUUAUUAAUAUUUGUAUUAUUUAAUAUUUUAUACAUAAUUAAAGAUUUUUG